AUUUUGUAAAAAUCUUUAUGAGCCCUUUCUUUCCCCACUGUCCUUGGGUUGCGGUACCAGCGGCAAAUAUGUAGCAGGUCGCAAGCAUGCAUGUCGACACCUAAUCGACACAGUAGGUGAAUUUCACACAAGCGACCUUCCAGCUUCCACGGCAUCAGUAUCAUUUAUGGUUCUUGUCGGGACAGUUUCAGAUUCAGUUAGGGACAAAGGCGGUACCGAUCAAACCCGUAGCCCGCCUUUGGCGCUGUUAGUGCUAGCUAGCCCAGAGACGGCGGCGUCAAGCCGACGGUGUUCAUUCUACUGUUUUAGGAAAAAGCUGAAUUGGCUGUCGAGGUACAUGUUGAGGAUGGAUGAGAGGGUUGUCUUGAAAGCGAGUUCUAGGGGUCAUCCGAUACUACUCUUUGCUCGGGGCUCUUUAAGGGUGCUGGAGAUGUUUCUAGACAGGGUGAACAGAUAAAACUUUAUGAAGACGCUAUGUGAGCUAGCACUAGCCCGACACGAAAUCAUAUUGUAUUCAUAUAAUCCAUGAGAGCACAGCACAUCGUAUGUACGCCGUGUGCCAGUCUAAGAUAUAACCAGGGGCCUUACCGCGAAAACCGAAAUUUGCAAAUUGCGGGGAUCUUUCUCUUUCACUCUCACUAAGACGUAAUUAGAGUGAAAUAGAAAUUGACGAGUUUCGAUUUUCGCGGUCAUAGCCCAGACAAUACAGGGCCUGCCCAGACGGAAUGAUCAAGUUGGCCAUUAGAUCAGGAAAAAAUUGGCGUCAAUAUCUCUGACCUUCAUAUUCAUGCGUAUAUUAAACACAUUUGAAACACCAAUUUGAGAUUUAAGCUGGCAACGGCCAAACUGUAUUUGAUUUGGUGGUCUGUUUUUAUUCCUUCAAAUUAUUCAUGGUCAGUGUGUAUCUCUCUAUUAAUUUACUUUUAUGAUAUGGCAACUCUCACAAAACCCUGUGUCAGCUGUCAUCGCGGGAAUUGAUUGAAUCGUUGAAUUAUUUACAGACAGACUACUCAUAUUUUAUCGAAACACAAAUUUCGUUACAGGAAAUGUGUAAAAAAAAUUGAACAUUGUAUUUGUUAAUUUAUAUUUAAAAACAGUAUUAUAAAUUCGUAAUAUUUAACGAUGUUUGAGUGGGCCUAUAGUGGUGCUAACAGAGCUGUUCCCCGAAAUGUGGGGCCCGAGUGCGCAUAUUUUUUAUCGUAUAAUAGGCAAAUAAUUGAAACAAUUAUAGUUACUGCACUGUGCUCAUACAUUUUAGUAAAAACUUAUCCAAAACUGGUUUUACCACAUGAAGAAACUUAUAUUAAAAGUGACAGGGGAGGCAAGAGAUUGCUAGUCAUUCUUUUGGCCUUACUGUGGGGAAUGGAGAUUGGAUUUAAAUUUGCAUCUCGCACUGUAAUAUAUUUGCUGAAUCCAUGUCAUGUUACAACAUUAAUGCAAAUAUAUCUGUUGGCAGCACCACCCAGCAGGACAGUAACUGCAGUUUUUCGCAUACACUUAAACUUGUUAAAUGGGCCUCUAUUAGCUUUUUUAUUUCCUGAAACAGCAUCCCGUCAGAUCCCCGCUGAGGCUGCCCUGUACUGGAUACAACACGGCAUGAUGUGCGUGAUACCAUACUAUCUAUUAAGAAUUGGAGGUGUGUACAAUGUAGAGCCACUUGGUGAUUUCAAUUGGGCAAUUGUUAGUUACUGCCUUAAUCUGUUGUAUCACUUCAUAAUUCUACAAGCUAUAGCAAUACCGGCUCAAGUGAACCUGAACCACAUGAUCUGCCCGGCGCUCCUGGACCCGUUCGACGGGCCGUGGUACCGCGUGGCCGCCGUGCUCCACCAGGCCGUGCUCUGCCCCCUCCUCUGCAAGGCCUACUGCCUCGUCGCUGACUUUUGUCUCACCAAGUUCCCGCCCACGAAGGUCAAACAGCAACUCAAAGACUUACUCCAGGACAGAAAGACAGACGACAUAAAAGACUUGUAGGUGCGUGUCAAAUUCUUUUUGUGACGUUCUUAAGAAAAAGGUACCACGUUGUCGGUUUUCGAUAAAGACGAUCUCUAACGGAGGCAAUCAUGUUAGUAAAAAUGCGCGGAAAAAUCUACAAAUGCAAUUUUCAAGUGGUAAUACACACAAUGACAGCAUGACCUUUAGAGACGAAUCGUCUUAUUUGCACCUUUUAUUAGUUUUGCAACGCUUUAAUGAUAUCCGUCCGUGGUACCUCUUUGUCUGAAAACGACACUUUUAUGGCUGUAACCCCUUUCAGGGUAGCUAGAAUCUCUGUGAAAUUGCCUAAUGUAGUACCUAAAGAACAAUAUUUCAUCGCGUCCAUUUCGUUUGGGUGAUUAUUGUUGAUAAUAAGCUAAAUAAUUAAUAGAUCAUGAUCUCUUAUAAUAGGGAGGCCAACGGAUGGGACUGAAUGCUUUAUCGCUGACGCAGCGACAAGCUUUAUCGCUGUUCUUGGUGUGGUAUUAUUCGAGUAAUCAACAAAAUAGACGUUCGUCAUUUUUUAAAGCAAUCUUUUCCUCAUCAAGUACCGACAUUGUGCGAUAAAGGCGAUAUGAACAAAAUUGUUAAUUAAUCGAGAGUCAAUAGGUAGAAACCCAAUGCCCAAAGAGCAAAGGUUUUUAUGAGUCUAGUUUUCAAUUUUUUAAUAUCGCCGUUUUUAUUAGUAAAUGGUAGUUGCCUCUUUCACCCGAGGAGGCGUUAUAUGUAAAGGUUUUUCAGCCUUUGUAGUCGGCAGACGGUGACUGGCAGUUAUUAAAUGAUUUAAAUUUGGAACUGGCGGUCGCUGUCGGAUGGAAAAGGAUAUGCGGGCCGGCAUUCCAGAAGGAAGAGGCAGCCAUCAAGGCUAGCCGAAUUGUAACGUAGCUAUAUGUUGAAAAUAAAGAUAUAAACUACAACGAAUGUGUGUCAUCCUCCCUGUUAGGUCGAUAUCUUUUACAGUACACACAAUGUACCUACUUCAUUACUUACGAAGAAAAAAAAAACUAAUAAUAUACAUAAUUCAUCCGCGAGUUCGUAUAUUGUUGACUUAAAGGCAUGAAAGGCCCUGAUCCUUUUGGCAUACAGCCACGAUUAAAAAUAGUAUACAAGCUAAUUGUUAUUUGUGUGAAUCAACUUUUUUUGUGUUAUCCUAUCCCGUUGUCCACGGGACAAUACUGGCACAGAUUGUUCGAAGAGAUGUUGUAUGACGAUUUACUUACAUGCUCAGUGGAUGGCCUGUUACACAAUUUCUACCACAAUAAUGCAUGUUUGAUUACAUUAAAAUACCAUAAAAUCAGGAUUUCAAGAAUGGUGGUCCAAGGGACAAAACAAACUAAACAUGACACUAAAAAGUUGAUCCACCCAUUUGUUUUACAAGGGGGCAAAGUUUUCGUUUAACCCCUCGUGCUAAUAUUAAUACCGACUUUACCCGACCAAUAGAAAGAUUCUAAAAUUAAUAAAAGCGGAAUCUCGAGCGUUGCGAGAGUUUCAAGCCACAAUGGUUAAACAAAAUUUGCUACGGAGUGAAACACAACCAAUUUCGCCACGGCAACACAAGUAAAAUACUAUGUCUAAAACGUUAAGAAACAAAUCCAAGUCAAAAGUUAUUAUUGAUUAUAUAUAGUGAUUGCUUCUUCUUCUUGAUUUUUUAUUGGCAGGCCCCGAAAUAGGCUACAAAACAAUUAGAUAUACUGAUAAAUGACGUGUCAAUUUUUAAGUGCAAGUUUAUAAGACAUAAAGUAAAUUCAGCAUAGAAAUCUUAAUGCUGCUGCAUUCUCAGAUAUUUUAUCCUGGGAACAACGGAAUUGCUUGUCGUUGUAUGCGAUUCAGGACUAUAAAAAUCGUGAUUGUGCUAGUUUCUUCAACUUGGCCUCUAGUUUUGUAAACCGACUAUAAAUCUAGCUUGUGUAGGUAGGUAUUAUUUUGUUACGUGUUGAAGUUUGUACUACCAGUUAAUGUAAGUCAAAUUAUACUUAGUAAUGUUUUGAACUUAUGAGCUCGGACGAAAUUAACUGAGUGGAUAGUUAUAUCUGAUUGCAUUAAUGUACAGCCAUCUGCAAUAAUAUCUGACUUUGUCGUUAUGAGUCGAUAAACGUAUAGGUUUAGAAGGGGGUUAGGUUUUAAAGCAGUCACAUCAUCGUAUGCAGAUGAAAAACAGACUUCAUAAGAUUUGGCUCAGAUUUGGUUAGUAAUAGUGUAACAGUAUUGACUUGCCUAAAAUAAGUUUCAUUCGGUAGGUACCGUACCUACACGGUGUUUUCAUAGCUCCCGGUCAAUACAAAUAGAAUACUUGUACUUGUAUAUAGGUACGUAGUCCAACGGACGUAAUGAUAACUCCGUUUAUAAUAUAAUCUACUUACCUAUUAUUUUUACGUCACGAUAUUUUCAUUUUCAGCACUCACCUAAGCUUUAUAGAUUAAUAAUUUGGAUCAAAACCUAAAGCAAGGAUCAGGCCCAGAUGGUCUUGAAAUGUUUAGACAGGGCUGGGAUAUUAUUGUGAAUGACUGUACCCUCAAGUUCCUUUAGACUGUAUUUCGACCCAAGCUGUGCGAGGUAGCUGAGCGGUGUGAGAAUGCGUAGCGAGGCUGUGUAGCGGGCUCUUUUCAAAUAAGCAGGCGGGGUGCGGUGAAGCGAGAGCGGACUUUUUUUAGAGACGUCGGAUUUCGACACUGCGGCAGUAUUGUAGCGCGAUAUUACUGCAUUUCUGCCACAAAUGUCAAAAAUCCCAGCACCGGCAUUACUGCAGAAAAUUAUAUGAAAUUUGAAGUUUCCUGCAGUAAAGUCGCGCUGCAAUACUACUGCAGUCGACUGCAUUACUGCAGAAAAUGUCAAGAUGUCAAUUUGUAGAGAAAUUUAAAUAAAAUUUGACGUUUUCUGCAGUAAUGUCGCGCUGCAAUACUGCUGCUGUCGACUGCAGAAAUAUUGCAGCAUGACAUUACUACCGAUGGCAUUACUAACGUCAAAAACGAUGUUGCUGCCCGGCUGCACUAGUGUCAAGGUGCAAUACAAGUUCAAAUGUCAACUUUAAUGUUUUAAAGCUACUACCCCGCAACACAUUCAUCGCAACACGUUCCUCGCUCACCUUCUCACUUGUUUUGUAUGUACAAAAAACUUCGCUCCGCUAAGCUGUUUCCACUAGAGCUGAGCUGAGCUGAGGUAAAUUAAGCGUUUCUAUUGGUUCACACACAGCUCUCGCUUCGCAUCCUCGCACAUCUUUGGUGGAAACGCACCAACCAGAACAAAUAUCUGGAUCCUACCUUGUACAGCCUGAUGUACAAGCUAAGGAAGAGCUGUACAGGCUGAGGUGAGACGAAGUGACAAGGAGGCUGUUUAGAGUCUGGCUAAAGAAAGUUGAACCCAUGAGUUAACAUUAUCGUUGCGGCAAUUAAUUUAACUUAAUUACUAGUUAAAAUGUCUUCCGACCCAAAUGUCGCAUCGAUCUUGUUAAAUUACGCGGUAGUAUACGAGUUGUCAGUAAACGAGUAGAGAAACCUACUCGCAUUUAUGACAUAGUCGUAAGUAAAUUCGUUAGUCUGACUCUAAUAUCGUUAACAGAAUAUGUUAGCUCCAAUACAAAGGAACUCAAUGUAGAAAUUUACUUAAGCAAAUGGAACAUAAACUAAGGUUCCGUAAUUGUAUGUUAUAGAAAUCAUUAUCUUUAUGCGUUCUUCAUUUUUGGUAAUGUAAUAUUUAGUAAUAAUAUGCUGAAUCAACGUUUUUGUCAGCAAAAUUGGACCUACUAAAAUUAUUCGGUUUUAUGUAAUAUUUUUUCUUAUUAUAUAAAAACAGAUAAACAAGCUACGUAAUGCAAUAUUUAUAUUUAUUUAUUUAAACUUUAUUGCACAAAAUAUAUACAACAAUGUACAAAUGGCGGACUUAAUGCCAAAUGGCAUUCUCUACCAGUCAACCAUAGGGCCAAACAGAGAUACCUAGAAUUGGUGCAGAGAAAAAAAAAAUCGAUUGAAUAAAAAAAAAGCAAACCAUACUUAUAAACUACAUAAAUAAAUAAUAACAAUAAACUACCACAUAUUUAUAGAAAACAUACUAUAAAUAUAAUAAUGAUGGAUAUUAUUCGAGCUCUUGUUUUAGCAAACGCUUAUGUAACAUCCGCUUGAAAGAAAACUUACUUGGAGCUUGUCUAAUAUUUAGAGGGAUUUUUUUAUCAUGAUUUGAUAUUUUAUAACUUGUUUAACCCAGUGACCCAGAGGACAAAGCUGUCCCACACUUUUGUAUGAAAAUAAGGGUUCGUCCACUGGGUCACCCAAUUUUUUAAAUAAACAUUAGACAUAUUUUUAUUUCUGCCGGAUCUGGCAUAUAGUUAUAUUAAGGAUCUUGACUCAUUUUGACCAUGUUACAAAAGUGAAACUAAUAAUGAUUAAGGACAAUUCUUGCAAAAGACAAUAAAAGUUGAUUCACUAAUAGAUACAUAAAUGUUUCACGUUAGGUAUAAUAUAUUAUGUUCGAUUCUAACAAUUGUCCAUAUAUGAGCCUAUUCCUCUUUUCAUACAAAUGUACGCUUUCGUAAAAACUAGUGCCUGUGCAAAUCUUGGGAUUAGUUACCGAGCAGAUCCCAGGCUUCCCAAAAUGCUGGAACAACGCCAGGAAGGUAAUGAUUUAAUGUUGAAACAUUUAGUAUAUACAACUACGGAAACCUUAGGUACCUUUACAUAAACCUAAAAUGCACUUGAUUAUGAUUACAUAGUUUUUGAACACUUACUUGACUUCACAAAAAAUACUCUGUAGAUUACAUAUUUUCAAACACUAGCUUUCUUAUAAUACCUAGGCCUGAAAUAUACCAAUAAGUACCUACAUAAUAAAUAAUCGCCUAAAAUAACUAUUUAAAGCGAUCAAAUGUAUUUGAUAUUAUGCUUUUUGCAUAUAAAACUUAGGAUAGAAAAUUGCGGUGUGACAUCCAGUGUUGGCCGAUCGGUUGUGUAGUAAUCUGAUUUACGUUAGGCUUAGUAUGCCGUUUAUAUAAGUAGAGGUCAUACCGCUAUAAAAUACCUAUAUGGUACUAUAACUGCGCUGGAGGAAGAUCAGUACCAAGGCAUCCUCCCCCUUUAACAAAGUGCAACUUAGUGUGGAUAUUAGCAGUCUUUAUUACGUAUGCGUCUGAUAUGACGCUCGGCCAACACUGCUGAUUAUCAGUAUCAAUUUUAAAUAAAACGGUAUUUUACGCAACAAUCAUGCCAACUAACUAACAUCUUAUCUAGUCAUAGCGAUUCUGAGAACAAUUAACCAUAUUAAGAUAUGUAUUUGUUUGAAUAAAAGUAGUUUGACAGAAAAUUUGAAAGAUUUUAGAUUUAUUUAUAUAAUUGUAUUGAGUAUUAUAUAUACAUUUUUUUUUUUUUAAUUCCGCUACCUAAAGGUUGUCUGGAAGAGAUCGCUUUUUAGCGAUAAGACCGCCUGUUGUUUACCUCUUCUUUAUGUGUUGUAUUAUUUGUACUGUUUCUGUAUUGAGGUGUGCAAUAAAGUAUAUUUGUAUUGUAUUGUAUUGUACAUUGCGGGUAAUAUAGUCAUAAGUCGCCAUCCAGGCUAGUUAUAGCCAGCCGAUCGCCCCAGUCAUGUGGAAUUGAUGUAGCGAUCUUCUGGGUCGCCUUGGUAACGUCGCUUUGCUCAACAAUUGAAAAAUCUGAUGUUUUAAUACUUUUUUGAGUAAAGGCUAUGCUAUGCUAUAAAAUGCAUAGAGGCAGAUCGAGAAAAAUAAAUAUGGAGUUAGGUUAGGACAAGUCGUGGAGUUUUUGCUCUAGAAGGGAGCAAAAAAAAAUAAGAAUCGACAAAAAGAAUUAGUCAAUUAUUGCGCCUUUUGAUGGAUUUUGAUAGUAGAGCACUAUUAUCAAAAUCCAGAAAUUAGUCGGAUUGGUCAUUCACCGCUAAGUUACGAUCGUAGCGCUGUGGCGUAACCGUAAACAUAGGAUUUUGAUUAAUCAAAAUUGCUUCGUAGGACAAAAGCAAAUCGACAAAGUGUCGUGAUUAGCGCUGAAUGGGAUAAGGUGGUCUUCACAUUAACGUGGGAUCAGACGGUUCAUUUUCGUGUUUCAUUAUUCAUCUUUCACUCAAAGUGACACGGCUGAAUACAAAAUGAACCAAAAGUGAAAAAUGAAUUCAUUAGUGAAACAAUCCAACAGUGUUGGAUAUUUUCAUUCGGCAUCUUUCACUCGCACUCCGAAUGAACAAAAAAUUAACAGUGAACGUUCAGUGAAUUUUGCACAAGUGGUAUGAGCAAAAUAUUCUAUUAUUUUAGAAGCAUUUUAAAAAUCAACCACAAAAUUGAUGAGUAUAAAGACAGAACACUCCAGGCAAAUUCUAUAAAAUCUCUAAUUAGUGAUUUAAUACUAGAGUUUAGCGAAGAAGAUAUUAAACAUAAAAUAAAGGCGAUACGGACCCGAUAUAAUGGAAUUGACCAAAAUAGGUCAAUCUAUUAAAAGCGGUUGCUCUUCCGACGAUGUCUAUGUACCGACUUUGCACUGGUUUAAACAUGCAGAAUAUUUAGUCAGUGUGUGCAUCCUACGGAAAAGCACUUCGAAUCUUGUAAGUACAUAUCUAAUUUCCAUAUUUUUUAUCAAACAAAUACCUAUGUAACAAAGGGUGAUUAUAGCCAAUCAUCAAAAUAUUUUCAUUCGGUUUUGUUAAUUCUAGCUCUUAAGAGGCCGUUAUCGAUUUUAGUCGCAAAAUUAUUUUUUUUAAAACAGACUCACUUGAUUAGUAAUGAUUUUUUUUCUGAUGGAUGUUUAGGUAAACGCGCGUAAAGCAGUGAUUUUGUCGAUCUUAUUUGUAAAUUUCGUAAAGUUUGGACUGCUAAAAAUGGUAAUGGUAAACUACAUUUUUGUUAUCAUAAAUUUGAAGUAGUGUAAAUUAAAGUUAGACGAAAUCAAUUUACUCCAGAAAUUACUUCAAUAUAAGUGAAAAUUUCUCUGAAAAUCGACUUAAUUUCAACGUACUCGUAAUUUUGAUAUUUAAACAAUCUACAACUUUUGCUGAAUUUGUUCUUAUACAUCAUUUUGUAUAAUUUACUACAAUAAUUUGUUGAUGAAUUUUUAAAAACUGUCCCUUCUCAUCACAUAUUACCAGGGACGCACGCUUGCGACCUCAUUAUUAAAAGGCAAGAUGAAAAAAUGUGCUAAUAGAAACCAAUACUUGUUAUUUAGAUAUAACGUAACAAAAGGUGUACAAUUUCAACGACUAAAUCUUUCAAUUUUACAAUUUUGCUCUAAAAUCAUUACCGGGCUCUUAACAUAGGUAUCUACUCUUCUUAUCAUGUUCCAUUAUUUAUUAAAUGAUCACAAAUAAAGCUCUUUUCUUAGACGCACAACUUUAUUCGACGCCAUAGUGAAAGAAAAGAGAAAAUGAAUAAUUUUACCAGCGGCCGUGUGAACAUGAAAUGAAUUCACUCAAGUGUACAUUCAUUCGAGUGACUGCCUGGGCUAUAACCGCGAAAAUCGAAGUUCGUCAAUUGCGGGCAUUUUUCUCUGUCACUCUAAUAACGUCUUAGUGAGAGUAAAAGAGAAAGAUCCCCGCAAUUUCGGGUUUCGCGGUAGGCUCUCUGAUCCCACCUUUAUAUACGGAUCCGCACGCCGCGCGCCGCUACGCUGUGCAUGCGAGCGGGACAUCGUUAAUAUCGUUAUAUACGUUCAUAGCGCUGUCACAUUCACACGCCGGAGCUGCGUGCGGAUCCGCAUUAGUGUGAUAUCCGUGUAUGUGAAGGAGUUUUUAAUUGUCAAACGAAAUCUUUCUUUACCCUAAUAAGAUCCGGAUGUGUACCUACUACCUACGCUACUUGGUCUCUCUCCUGGAUAAAAUUUAAAAGAAAAAAUAUACCUUUUUCGAAGUAUUGUGGUAAAAACUAUAUUUUCCAGUGCGUCAUUAUGUUUUGACGGUAAUAAAUGUUAGGUAGGUAAUUUACCUAUACAUAUAUCUAUGUGCUUUCACCAAAGAUUCCUAUUGAAUCAUUUUAUUUUUUAACCAUGAAAAAUAAUCAAUCAGAGAUGUACCUAAUGAUACAAACAUAAGGUAUGUCAAAUUGCUAAAAAAAAAUUUCCGUCGGUUAAUUUCUGUUGUCUGUAACAUAAAUGUUAAAUAAAAAUCGCAGACAUUACCAAAUAAUGUAGGUAGGUACCUACCUUAUUUAUAGCAUGUAAGUAGUUUAUAUUUCAAUAAUGGAUUUUUAUAUCCAAUGGAACAUAAAACAACUGAAGCGUAUAGAUAUUAAACUGCAACCUUCAAAGCAUUUCAUACAACAAUGUGCUCUGCAAACUACCAUUAUGGUCGGUUCUCUGUAAAAAGGCCAGCCAAUGUCAUCCGUAAUAAAAUAAUUAUUUUCAUGGGAUUUCACUCACCUGGCUCACUUAGCCUCGUAAGGCCCAAGGUCCUACCUAUAGGACUUAUUUAGUUCGAUGAAAUUUAAAUCAUAUUCAAUUAGGACAGAGUUGCAUUUGUUUUGUUUCGUAAAAUUUUCAAACAAAAUAAAAUCUACUGUAUUCCGUGCACUAUAGGUUCAAAUUCCAGUGGCAAAUUUUGGAUUUUUCAUUUCUAUGGCUGGGCCUUAAGAGGUUAGAGCCACAUGCCAUAUUCCUACCAUAAUUUUAAACGCUUGAGUUAUCUUUAGAUAAUGCUACCUUUAUUACCCAUAUGUAGGAUGUAUACUGUACCUACUUAUAUUGCCACUUUGCAUUCAAUGUGUUUAAAAACGUAUUCAUUCCACAGAUUUAAUUUUAAUAGGUAUGUUAUAAUAUAGUGUUUUAUGAAGUCAGAGCGAUUUCGCGAUUUUGAAUCUCGAACCUUCUUGUAAGUAAUUUCAUAACCAUAAGGGUUAAAAACUCGAUUUGGAUUUGUACAUGUCAUACUUGUAUAGGUACGCGGGGACUUACGAAUCUAUGCCGUUAUCCCCUUGCUCAGGGACAGUCUAAUUUGUAUUUAUGAAACGGAAGAGAAUGAGAAUAGAUUACUUACUGGCUUUAAAGUGGUAGUCAGAAUGUUUGUUGAAAAGGAAAUUGUGUGUUAGACGUACACCACAUAGAGCUCAAUUAUAUAUCAGAAAUUUAACAUCGGAAUUCUGUGGUCACGGUAUAAAUUCAGAUUCAAAUUGUCUGUGGCACCAGUUUUUUCAUGUGGACAUAAGUUUUUUGUCAUUUUUUUUAUUUUUGAUAUAAGCUUUUAUCGCUGACUGUACUUUUCUUUCAACGGGCAACUAAUACGCAUCUAGACAAUUCUAACAAACCCAAACACAACUAGGUUGCGUUGUUUUAUCACAGAGUUCCUAUGGCCACCCCCUGAGUCCAUCAUCAGUUCAGCUCAAUGGUCCCAUAAUAUUGCAUUGACACCCAACUUACAUAUGCAUGUGAUACCUAUUUCAGCUUAAUCGAAUAAUGGGAAGUGGGUAUAAUUCAGUUUGCAAAAUUAGACCCGGACAAACGUUAGGCACAAACAAGUUAAAUAAAAGCUUGUAAAAUCAGUAAUUCAGCUCGCAGGUCCGCCUUAUACUGAAUAUUACGUGGUGUUUUAUUUUAUUGAUUUUCCAUAUUAUUGUGAUUAUGUACCUAAAUAUAAAUCUUUUACCUACCUUACUAAAUAGCGUCGACGAAAAGAAAUAGCAAGUACCUUGACACUAUACAAUUUUAACACUGAUUUAAAAGGCAGAAUAGAACAUAGAUCGGAUCUAGAUCUGGUUGUGUAGAAAAUUAGGGCAAAUACCUAGUGUACAGAUAAGUAAUGGUUGCGGAAAAUUAUGAAAAAAGUUGGUUUUGAAUUUAGUAUAUCUAGGUUUAAAGUGACUAGUGCGGCCAUAGCGUGGGCGGAGGCAAACACGCAAUUAAUGUUCCGUAUAUUAAAUCCCAAGUAGCAAUACUAUUCUUUUUUUUAAGUUUAAUGGUAGAGGAUGAUUAAUGGUCAUACUCUGCAAGGUGAAUGUAUAGGUUCCGAAAAUGCGAUAAAAAUGUUGGGUGUCGUAUUUUAAGAAAAGGUAAACUCAUUAUUAGUCAUUAUCUACAAAUUUUUCGCAUUAUGGAAAUUUGGUUUCACAGUAAAAAUUGUUGAGUAUUUAAGACCUACUUACCCUAAAAAUGCCUCAGGUAUACCUACUAUUAGGUAACACCAAAAUAUACAUUUUGGUUUCAUAUCCAUAAACUUGAUAAGUACGAGAAAACUCAAUGACGUCUCAACCAGCAGGCGCAUCAAAUUGUAAGUACCUGUAUUUAGGGGGUUAUUACAUCUAUCCUUUUUCAGAACACUUUCUGCUUAGAGGAAUUGAGGAUGGUGUUUCCCUGUCCCUCUUAGCAGCAAGAUAGCAAAUCAGAAAGUGUCCAGCGGUUUCCCUUUUGAGUACUCGUCGUAUGGGACACCAAAUAAAAAGUACUUCCGAAAAAAAGUGUUUUUAUGGCGUCGUAUCUGAGGUCUGGGUUAUUCCCACUAGUUACCACUAAGUUGUUACCAGUGGUAACUACUGGGAUUUUUUUUCCCAGUAGUUACCACUGGUAAAAGGUGGGAAUUUUUUUCCCAGUAGUUACCACCAAAAUGUUGUUAGAGUUCAAUACUAAUAAAAACAGUAGUAAUAGUAUAGUAUAAAUAAUAAUGAGUGCCUUAAUAAAUAAUUAGUAUUUCAGUUAACUGCUUUAAAAGUGAUGAAAAAUAUUACAACAACUGCAAGUGCAUGAAAUUAAAAGUUAAAGAGAAAUUAACAUUUGGUUGAAAUUUAUCUUAUUAAUUGUAAGUUGAAUUCAUUGCAGACGUUAUCUAUGAAACCUAGAUCUUUUGUUAACGGCGCUUACGUCGCACUGCGUAGCGCAGCGUUGUUUUUGGCGUAAGCGCCAUCGACAAUAAGAUCCGUUUAAAUAAAUAAAGUUACAACUAUACAAACGAACAAACAAAUCAGUCAAAGACUGACUAUUUUUGAUCAUUUUUAAGGCAGUUUACUGAAACAGUAAUCGACUUAUAAUUAGAGUAAUAACUUAUAAUUAAUUCAACUUUUAAUUAAUUAUUGAUUAAAGCACUCUAUAUUUAUACUGUUUUUGUUAGUAUUAAACGCUAACUAAAUUUUGGUGGUAACUACUGGGAAAAAAAUCCCAGCUUGUACCAGUGGUAACUACUGGGAAAAAAAUCCCAGUAGUUACCACCAAACCAAGUUCGUGGUAACUAGUGGGAUUUUUUUCCAAGUAGUUACGAGUGGUAAAAGGUGGGAAAUAAAAUCCCAGUAGUUACCACUCGUAACAACUUGGUGGUAACUAGUGUGAUAUAACCCGCGAGGUCUUUGUCUCAAGUGUGGCGUGGCGCUUUGACUUCAUUUAUUAACGCAUAUUAAUUACUACUCAGGGAAUUUAUUAUUCCGGCGAUCGUAACGUCAUACAACCACAAAUGGUACAGAGUUCAAUAAAGUGAGUGCAUUUAGUACAACAAUUUGGUGUUUUGGGGAAACGCCGCUUUUUUAUAUUAGCCGUAUUGUUGUUUUUUAUAUUGUUUACUCUGCUCAUGUAUACUCAGCCAAAAGAUCUAGUAAUGCUACUAACACGACCACAUGUGGCCGCCGCGUAAUUCUUGUGAGCCUGUGAUUGAACGAAAUAAAAUAAUCUACCUAGUUGUCAUAAGAAUUCACUGGUUUGUUAAAUAAAGUAUUGACUAAAAA